CUCAACAUUAUAGCGUUUUCUCAACACAAAGCACAAAAUUCCUCCACUUUCUUUCUGAAUUUCCCUCUUUUUCUCGCCACUGCUCCUAUCAUCUGAGUCCGGCCGAGCAGUCCAAAACAGUCUCAGAUUCCUUCUGCAAAAGCCAGCCAGCUGCUGCUACCACUGUCGUUUUCAUUCUAAUUCCUCCGUCUUUGGAAGCUUUUCUCUUGCCGCCGCCCGCUGGAUAUGGGAAAAGAGUGGCUCAGCUGGGGCGGCGCCGGAUCUUCAAAGAGAGCAGCACUAGGCGGCGGUGGCGAGGCUCAGAAAGAAACCACCACUGCUUCAGCUGGAUGCAUGAGCUCUGUCUUUCAUCUCUUUCAGCUUCCCUCUUUCAAGCUUGAUUCUUUCCUCUCUCAACAACCCACCGUUCUCAAAGGAGAAGAAGGAACAAGGAACAGCUUGGAGAUCACGGAGGAGAGAUUCAUCAAAGGUGCCAUGAAAGAGGAAGGAGAAGCAUUUAGUAUUCCAAUGGGUAUUCAAAUCAAAACAAGUGGUCGAUCAAAAGCAGCUGAAGCUCCAAAAGCAAGAACGGAUGAAUCAGAAUUACUAUCUCCAAUGGCUAGGACACCAAAUCUAGUGGCUAGACUAAUGGGUCUUGAUCUUCUUCCCGACCCACAAACUCCAGUACAGAAUCUAAAACAAGAAUUUGGACUCCGGCAGCCCCCCUCCACAGGCCGGUCAAGAAGCAGCAGAUCAAUCCUGUUGGAUGCCGAUAUCAUCGGCAGCCGGUCGUUGCCGGAGACUCCAAGAAUGUCGGCGGCCAGAAGGUCAGACGUGGAUCACAGGUUUUCUCUUCAGAUCAACAAAGAGAAUGUCGGUGCAAGCCAAGAGUUGGAACAAAUCUCAGCGGAGAGAAUGAAGCAAGUUAUAGAAAGUAGAGUUGGAAGGAAGUUUGGCAUGGAUUUAAGCAAUAAUUUGAGGAACAGAGACCAAAGAAGAGAUGGAAAUCUUGUUGUGUCCCAAGGGAAGAACCUAUUAUAUGAAUCAUUUUCUUGCUCGCCCAGGCUCAAGAGCAAGAACAAGGUCAAGGCGGAAACCACCAAACCAUCGCCAUUAUCGUCAAUACCGGUGGAUUCUGAACUACAACAGCCAAGGCCGAAGAAAGAGGAGCUGCAAAGCCAGCAGGAUCGGAAGAGAAGUGCGAGCGAGCGUUACGGUCCGCGCCUCAGAAAGCUUCCGAAAACGCUUCGAAAUAAGCAGGAGGAGCCGUUUGUUCGAUCGCCGGCGGGGGCGGCGAAUAAAUCAAAUCUCUCAGCCGGGAAAUGCAGGAAACCGACAUUGCCAAGUAAGCUUCCUAGUGUCACUGCCCCAAGCCUUUUCGCGGUAAAGAGAGAGCCUUCUUCUCCGACCACAAAAUUACCUCAAAAACAGAACCCACAGGUAUCUGGUGCUCUUUCACGGAAAAGGAGGACGGUACAGUACUUGUCUAGUAGUCUGGGCCAGACGUACGACCAAAAAGCAAGGCAUCCGUCCACCGCCCGAGAAACCAGACACCCCGGCACCACCGUCGGUGACGACGGAGCGGAGCUUCAGUACAUAAAAAGGAUUCUGAAAUGUACUGGCAUCAUCAACAACGUCAAUACCGACGACGUCUCUUUCCCCAAAUUCCACUCUCCCGCCCACCCCCUCCACCCUUCAAUCUUCCACCACCUUGAACUCUCCUCCGUCGCCAAACACUCGCACCUGAAGCACCGGUGCAACAGGAAGCUCCUCUUCCAGCUCCUAGACGAGCUUCUCGCAGAAAUCAUGAAGCCUUCCAUGAAUGCCCACCAUGGUCGUCGACUUAAGGGGUCACAGUUAAUCGAGGAACUAAGCUCGAGAAUUCGGAGCUUUGUUUCUGAAGACAUAGAUGGGCUGAUCGAGAAAGAUUUCGGAAGAAAAGAAGGGGAAGGGUGGGGAGAGUUUGAAGAGGAAGGCGAGGCCAUAGUUGCAGAGCUGGAGGGGGAGAUGGUAGACUGGCUUGUGCAUGAAACGGCCAUGGAAGUACUGUGGGGGUCCGUCACGUGGCGUUCACGUGAUCCGACGUUAUCGGCUUCGGCUGCUUUGGAGCCCUCCCUUCCUAGGAUUAGAGCCACUAGAUUAGGGCUGUAAAGACUGGUUUUGAAAGAUUAAUUAGCAGCGUUGACAGACAAAUAUACUCUAAAUGUGUUUUUAAGAAAAAAAAAAAAUUGUCGUUAUUUUGGGCAUUUAAAUUGCAAAUCAUAAGAAAA